AUGGAGCGGCUGACGUUGCCUCCCGGCGGAGCGGAGGCGGUGGACGAAUACCUGGAGUACCGGAGAAUUGUUGGUGAGGACGAUGGAGGGAAACUUUUUACUCCUGAAGAAUAUGAAGAAUACAAGAAAAAAGUUUUACCCAUGCGUUUACAGAACAGAUUAUUUGUGAGUUGGCGGUCACCAACAGGAAUGGAUUGCAAACUUGUUGGCCCAGAGACACUGUGUUUUUGUACACAUAGGUAUAAACAGCACAAAACUGACUUUGAGACGAUUCCACAGCAGCGUCCCAUUGAUCUGCCUUGCCGAGUGAGUGGUUGCCGGUGCAAGGCUUACCACUAUGUCCCUCUGAACGGUACCCAGCCUAUUCGGUGCAGAUGCAAACACUUUGCUGACCAGCACAGCGCUGCCCCUGGCUUCACAUGCAAUGCCUGCUCCAAGUGUUCCGGGUUCCACAGCUGCUUCACUUGUGCCUGUGGCCAGCCGGCAUAUGCCCACGACACAGUGGUGGAAACAAGGCAAGAAAGGCUGGCUCAGGGAAAACCAGUAGGACAGGAUGUGCCCUACGCUGCAAUGGGAGGUCUAACUGGUUUCAGCUCACUGGCAGAAGGCUACAUGCGCUUAGAUGACAGCGGCAUUGGUGCACCCUCGGUUGACAUUUUGGACUCUCCGGUUUCGGCCAUGGACCAUCCAUUCCUAAGAGCCAUGCACACGCCAUCUACUUCUUCUCCACAACCACUAGCAGGUGGUAACGAAGUAGGUCCAAGUACUCAGCUAUCUUCCUUAAGGAAACCUGAAGAGGAUGAUAUGGCUUACUUUGAAAGACAAUACCAGGAAAGGAUAAAAAUGGAGAGGGCCGCGAAGCAGAAAGGAAAAGCCCCAGCGCUGCCAAGCACGAAGCCUUCCUGA